AUGGCUCGUAGGCAGAGUGAUUGCCUCACUAAGUAUUUAUUAAAUACUUACGCAACUCCAUUCCAAUGUGUUGCAGGAAGAGGAGAAAGUUUGGAGCUUGGAGGUUUUGUGGUGGUGGUUUUGUUCUCGGAUGAGCUUGAUUUGGACAGAUCUGCUGAUUUCUUGAUCGGAGAAGAAGUGGAUUUUGUAGAAUUUGAGGGUUUUGUUCCGGAAUUGAGCUUCUUGAGCUCUGAGCUGGUCUUAGUCGUGUUAGAAGAAGAUUUGGUGGAGUUAAGUUUCUGA